AGAUUCCUGCUGCAAUGUCUAGAAGACCUAGAUGCUAAUCUGCGGAAAUUAAAUUCCCGCUUGUUUGUGAUCCGCGGACAACCUGCUGAUGUCUUUCCGCGGCUCUUCAAAGAGUGGAAGAUCAGCAAACUGUCUAUUGAAUAUGACUCUGAACCAUUUGGAAAAGAACGAGAUGCUGCAAUCAAGAAAUUGGCAAGUGAAGCUGGUGUGGAGGUCAUUGUACGCAUUUCACACACUCUCUAUGAUUUGGAUAAGAUUAUUGAGUUGAAUGGUGGGCAGCCACCUUUGACUUACAAGAGGUUCCAAACACUUAUUAGCAAAAUGGAGCCACUGGAGAUGCCAACUGAGACCAUUACAGCCGAAGUAAUGGAUAAGUGCGCCACACCAGUGUCCGAUGAUCAUGACGAGAAGUACGGUGUCCCUUCUCUGGAAGAAUUAGGGUUUGAUGUAGAAGGAUUGCCAUCUGCUGUGUGGCCUGGAGGAGAGACCGAAGCACUGACGCGGUUGGAAAGACACCUGGAGAGGAAGGCUUGGGUGGCAAAUUUUGAAAGGCCUCGCAUGAAUGCCAACUCCCUUCUUGCAAGCACUACAGGACUUAGCCCUUAUCUGCGGUUUGGAUGCCUCUCUUGUCGUCUGUUUUUACUUCAAAUUAACAGAUCUUUACAAAAAGGUGAAGAAAAAUAGCUCGCCUCCUCUCUCUCUCUAUGGGCAGCUUCUGUGGCGUGAGUUCUUCUAUACUGCAGCCACAAACAACCCACGCUUUGAUAAGAUGGAAGGAAACCCCAUAUGCGUCCAGAUUCCAUGGGAUCGGAACCCUGAGGCCCUGGCCAAGUGGGCUGAAGGCAGGACAGGUUUUCCAUGGAUCGAUGCUAUCAUGACUCAGCUCCGACAAGAAGGCUGGAUCCAUCACCUGGCACGACAUGCUGUGGCUUGCUUUCUCACAAGAGGUGACCUGUGGAUAAGCUGGGAAGAAGGCAUGAAGGUCUUUGAAGAGCUUUUACUGGAUGCCGAUUGGAGUGUCAAUGCUGGCAGCUGGAUGUGGUUGUCCUGCAGCUCUUUCUUCCAGCAGUUUUUCCACUGUUACUGUCCAGUUGGGUUUGGAAGAAGAACUGACCCUAAUGGGGAUUACAUCCGUCGUUACUUGCCGAUUUUGAAAGGAUUCCCUCCAAAGUAUAUCUACGACCCCUGGAAUGCUCCUGAGGCAGUGCAAAAAGUCGCAAAAUGUAUAAUUGGGGUAAAUUAUCCCAAACCAAUGGUAAACCAUGCGGAGGCCAGUCGUCUGAAUAUUGAACGGAUGAAACAGAUCUACCAGCAACUCUCCCGAUACAGAGGACUUGGACUUCUUGCAUCAGUGCCUUCAAAUCCAAACGGAAAUGGGAAUGGUGGACUUAUGAGUUACUCUCCAGGCGAAAGUAUGCCAGGAUGCAGCAACAACGGAGGGUCUCAGAUGGGAGCCAGUGAUGGAGCGUCCACCAGCAAUCCUAAUAACAGCAGCCAGGGAGAGUCUCAUACUGGGAUCGGGGGAAUUCAAGGUUACUGGCAGGGGAGCAGUAUCCUGCAUUACAGCCAUGGAGACAGCCAGCAGUCUUACUUAACACAAGGGAGGAAUGCUAUGAACACUGUGGUGUCUUCUGGCAAACGUCCCAGCCCUGAAGAGGAGACUCAAAGUGUUGGACCGAAGGUGCAGAGACAAAGCAGCCAUUAA